AUGUCGCCUAAGCAGAAGCGGCGCCGACGGGACUUCGAAUACAACCCUCUCCGAAAUGAUUUCAGAUUGCUAGAGCUCGUUCCUGGACCCAGUCUGUACGCCGAUAUUCAUUGCAAGCUGCAGGACUACCAGUUAGACUCGGCACCGCCAUACGAAGCUCUAUCGUAUACGUGGGGCGAUGGCAAGAGUGAAUGUCGGAUACUAUUGGAUGAGAAGCUCUUUUACAUUCGAACAAACCUUCGGGACGCAUUGCGUCGUCUGCGACAAUGUCAAGGCACAAGAAUUAUCUGGAUUGAUGCGAUAUGCAUCAACCAAGACAGCGCAGACGAGAAAAAUGUUCAAGUACCUUUAAUGGGAAAGAUAUAUACUAAAGCAGAACGUGUGGUUGUUUGGCUUGGCGAAGAGGAUUUCGAUAAUGGGACGGCUAUUAACUUCAUUCCAUACUUGACCAUGAUUGCUAAAGUUGACGCCGAGUUCUUGUGGCGAUGGCAACUUGAACAACACGAGUUUCUUCGGCAGAUUUCGUCUCUUAUCCACUUGUUCGCCCGUCCACGGUGGAGCAGGACGUGGACGAUCCAAGAGGUGGCACUGGCUCCAAAUGUUGUCUUUGUGUGUGGUUCUCGCGACAUUACUUGGUCCACAUUCCGUUCCUUCAUCAUAGCAUGGAUGGAUAUUGGACGUAUACCGCCUUACAAGAACUUGAGCGGACUCCAAAAGACUGUGAUUCGUUAUCUUGGCAUGCUUGUGUCUGGCUAUUCAGAGGCGUUAGCGAGACUGCGUACAGCAGAUCGAAACAUGUCCUCGCGCCCUAAGUCAUCCGCACUGUCAGAAUUACUAUGGUCAUUCAAAUACCGAUCAGCAACUGAUCCUAAGGAUAAGAUUUACGGCCUUUUAGGUCUUCUUAGUGACCACGGAGUCAAGGUCGACUAUAGUAAAUCAUCUGAGGAUACAUACAUAUCAUUCUUUUCCUCGUGUCUGUUGGAAGACGAAGGACUAUCUUGGUUCCGCUGGAUGACCGGAGAGUGCCAAGAGCCCAAGGGGCUAUGUCUUCCGUCUUGGGUUCCCGAUUUUGGUUGGAGAGCGAUAAUACCCAUCUCAUCCUUUCUGCCUGACCGAUCCAAAGGAGAGUUGCAGCGAACAUUCUUGGCAGCUGGGCCAAACCGGUCAAUAUCGCCCUCUGCUAUUCAGUUUGAAGAUGAUGGCCGUACGUUGGUUCUUCGAGGCCGUUCAUUUGACGUGGUCAGCCAAUGCGGACGUACCUUUCCGUUAUCCGAUGAUAUUGCUCUUGCUGACCAACCAAUCAAACCGAUACUCUCCCACUGGUGGAGUAUGGUAAUGGAUACGAAACACGGAAUGUAUCACUCACAUUUUGCCAAAGGGAAUGCCUUUUGGAGAACGAUUCUGACCGACCGAGAGAUCGAAGGACUCCAUUUCGAUGAAAAUGCUGGCUAG